ACAACACAACCACAACCACUGCGGUGAACCACCGCAUCACACCGGCUCAGGCGCCACUCGCCGCUCAUUUGUUUUUCAAACGCGCUUGCCUCUUGUGUUUUGUCCCGUGUGGUAUCGUAUCAGAGUAUAAAGGUACAAAGUAAAGUUUAAGUUAUAUAUUUUAAAACAUGCAAUGUACAUUAAUUUCCUAAAAAUCAUGAACUAAAGUUACUAUUUUUGUUCGUUAAUGAAAUGCAUUUUUGCUAUUUUGUGUCCGAAGAGCAAUAUAAAAAAAUUGAAUAGGGCUUGUUUUGAACUUCAGAAGGCGCGCAAACAGCAGAGGCAUUAAAAUUGGUAUGCUGGUGUGGUGUCGAAGUGAAGUGCCGAAGUACGCGGGAAGCACUUUGUUGAGUUAUUUUGACAUUAAUCGGUUUUUUAAAUAAUUCACCAUGAGUUUAUGGGUAGAUAAAUAUCGACCCACUUCUCUAUCGAAGCUUGAUUAUCAUCUAACGCAAGCGGAACACUUAAAGAAUUUG